UACAGGGAAGCGUCCGGGAGUCAUGGCCGCAGCAGGGUCCCAGCAGCUCCAGUUCGCAGAAGGCGCCGCUUUCCCCAUCUUCCCCGCCGCGCAUCCCGGAGGGCAGCUGCUCCCAGCCAUGCGCCCAGCCUCUGGGCUGCCCGCGGCGCCCCACGACUCUCGCGCCCCAGCAGCCACGCAGUGCUUUCCAAACCGCGACUCCAGUCCCACAGCGCAGACCCCCGCCGGCCUGGAUCCGCCCGGACCCUCCAAAGGCUCGGCCGCCCCGUCGGCGCCACAGCGCCGCAAGCGCACGUCGUUCAGCUCGGAGCAGCUGCAGUUGCUGGAGCUCGUCUUCCGACAGACCAUGUACCCAGACAUCCACUUGCGGGAGCGCCUGGCUGCGCUCACGCUGCUACCCGAGUCCAGGAUCCAGGUGUGGUUCCAGAACCGACGGGCCAAGUCCAGGCGCCAGAGUGGGAAGUCAUUUCAGCCCUUAUCCUCAAGGCGGGGAGUUUUCCUCCAUUGCCCUGCUCCUGGGACUGAAGCUAGGUGUUUGAAGCCUCAGCUGCCCCUGGAGGCAGAUGUGAACCACGUUCCGGAUCCCAGCAUGACUGGAGGAGGCGUCUGCACAUCUGGUUCUCAGAGUUUUGAAACGUAUUCGUCUCUCUCUGAAGAUAUUGGCUCAAAGUUGGACUCCUGGGAGGAGCACAUCUUUUCUGCCUUAGGUAACUUCUGAGGAUUCUGGGAGCGUUGAGGAUGCACUCAGGGAGAUCUGGGAGAUUGGAGCUGAUCUCCUGACUGGCCAUGGCCUCGGUUCUGGAUCAUCUCUCACAUUUUGGUUCCCUUCUCUGACACUGAGCCUUUACUGCUGGCUUGUUCUCGGUAGCCACCGAAAAGUCACCGUGACUCUCCAAGACUGCACAUUAUAAUUUGGUCCGCAUCCCCUGGGCCUUCUUACUAGGGUUAUUCCUAUUUUUCAGACUGAUUGUUCAGAACUUGUUUUCUUCAUAAGAACCUUCGGCUUGACUCAGUUUCCCCACUUUCUCGGCAGCUGCUGUCUUCUUGUAGUCCUAGUUGUAAGUGGGUUCACACACUCUAUCCCACAUCCUGUACUCUGGACUCAUCACCAAGACUCAUUACUCUUUUUCACUGAGUCUUUUUGUUUUGUUCUUGACCUUGCUGUGUAAGGAAGGAAAGAUGCCUCAAACUCCUGUCCUCCUAGCUUUAUUUGCCACCAUAACUGGAUGCUGCUUUUUUUUUUUUUUUUUUUGCUUAAAAAUGUAUAUGGUAUUAACAUAUAUCUCCAAAAUAAUGGAUGUCAAUAUUUUUGUUUAAAAUUUUAUAUGGUAUUAACAUACAUACCCAAAUCAAACUGCUUAACACAUGCAUGACAUCACUCACCUUUCUUUGUUCUGUGAUGAUAUAAUCUAUUAGCAAUUUUCAAGUAUAUGAAAUGUAGAUAUUAACUAUAGCCAUCUCCAUCGAGUUUUUCAGCUUCUCUCUCCCAGCUGACUGUGUAUCCUAGCCACCUCCCCUGCCCUCACUUGACUGGUUUCUCAUCUGGCCUGUCAGCUAGACGCUCCCUCAGUAACAACGCUACUUUCCAGCUCUUUCAAGAGCCCCAUGCCUCUUGUUCCCCACUUUUUUGUUUUGUUUUUAAUUACUCCAUUUGGAAGUCUGUGGCAGCUUCCAGUUAACCAAACUGUAAGACCCUGUCAAGCACGCUCACAGUCAAUGCCAUCAUCUUUAGCUUAUGCAAACCUUAAGAUCAUUUACCCAAAAUGUGCUUCUCUGUCUGUCAUUCCUUUCUGGUUGGGACUCAGUGAAAAAGUUUCUCUUUCAAAACAGCUCAGGAAACAGCUUCCCUUUCUGAAGCCUGAACUUUUCGUAAGUAAUCUUAAUUUUUGUACCUGUUACUUGGACCACCAUUUUUCUUAGCACUUGUUAUUAUGUUUCCUGUGCAACAUUAGUGGGUUACUGUUUCUCACUACUCUUCAUACAUAAAUCCCAUUGAAGUGAGCUCUGUUUUGAAUUGAACCCUGUUGUCCCAGACCUCAGUGCUGGGAAAGUUGGGGAGUACACAAUGAAUGAGAAAACAUUCCGAAGUAAGCUUACUUGCUGGGCUGCUAAGAUGGCUCAGUGGAGGCAGACACAUGACCACCAGGCCUGACAACCUGAGUUUGAUCCCCAAGACCCACAUGGUGGAUGGGAGAACGGGUUUCUUUAAGUUGUCUUUUUGACUUCCAUAUGUGUGGUAUGGUGUGCACCCACAUAAGUACACACAUACAAAAUAAAUAGAUUAAAGAAAAAAA